ACUUCUGCGCAUGUGCGGUCUAGAUUUUGGGGAUGGGUCUAUCGAUGGAAUCAAGAUGGCGACUCUGGCGAAAGCGCCAAUAUAUUUACUGAAGUAGAUGUCUAAAAUCCACCGCGGUAGCGGUUUUUUUUAAGCCCCUCAGGGGUUCCGCGAACCAUGAAGCCCUGGAGCAUGUUUUGGAAAAGGAACUGACCGGAAUAAUACCGUAACUAAGUCAGCGAGAUGUGCGAGAGCUAUGCCCGCUCGCUGCUGCGUGUUUCGGUGGCGCAGAUCUGCCAAGCUCUGGGCUGGGAUGCGGUUCAGCUAACUGCAUGCGAUCUGUUGUCGGAUGUGCUGCAUCGAUAUAUCCAGCAGUUGGCCAGGGCGUGCCAUCGGUACUCUGAGCUCUAUGGAAGAGCAGAUCCAGUCUUGGAUGAUGUGAGCCAAGCCUUCAGGCUGCUGGGAGUGAGUCUGAGUGAACUGGAGGACUAUGUCCACAACCUGGAGCCGGUACCCUUCAACCACCAAACGCCACUCUUUCCUGUCAGCAAAAACAAUGUGCUGCAGUUUCCCCAGCCUGGAGCCCGGGAUGCAGAGGAGAGGAAGGAUUAUAUUCCAGAGUACUUGCCACCCCUGGUCUCUUUACAAGAAGAAGAAGAGGAGGAGGAGGUCCUUGCUGACAUGGGCACAUCAGCCGAAGCUAUGCAGGUGGCCCUGGAAGAAGACGAGGACGACAUGGACGAGGAUGAGACUGUCAACGACGAGAACCACCCACUGAAGAGGCACCUGGACAGUCCAGAUGCAGCUAUGGGCAUGAUGCCUACUUCCAAGAGACCACGCAUGUACCCUGGCCUCAGCCCAGAAUGGGGGGUUGAGCCCAGGGAACCCCUUACCUCUCUCAACCCUCAGCGUGUACCCCCAGGCAUGCUGCCCUCUCAUGACAGCCUCGACCCCCUGUCACCUGAAACACCCUCUGGAGCCCUUCCUUCAUUCAGACCUCAACCGGUUGUACCAAAACACUCGGAUCAAAAGGGCCUCACCACUCCAGGAAGAAAGCCUAAGGUCUCUUCCCCUGGCAGACAACGGACUAAGUCCCCUAAAGGGGUCCUUCCUGUGCCGGUGGGUGGUAGCCCCAUUCACUCUCCAAAACCAUCGAAGGAGAGGAAGAAAUCCCCAGGCAGGACGAAGAGCCCUAAAAGCCCCAAGAGCCCAAAGAUGGGUUCAGCCAAAGCAUCCCAACCCCAGAGCAAGACAGACAGCAUGCAUAAACUGCCUCUGUUGGCUCUGAGUGAGCGGAUGGGCAAAGAGAACAUCCAUAUGCGACCAAAUGUUGAGGACAGGGACUUAGCUGAGGGUCCGUUUAAGAAACUAGAGCCUGAUAAUACAGCCAUCGAUGACUCCAUUGAUGCUGUGAUUGCCAGAGCUUGUGCUGAGCGGGAGCCUGAUCCUUUUGCGUUCUCCUCAGGCUCUGACUCGGAUAGCAAUGGAUUCUCCAGCCCCAGGAGACUUACCAUCAUGGAGCCUUCUACACCUAAAGCCCUGAUGGGGGCAAGUAACUCUGUAAAGGACACGUCAACACCACUUCACCUACAGGGGCACCCAGGCCUGGGAAAUUGGACAAUGGAUGAUUCAAUCAAUGAAGUGAUCCGAAAGGUCAACCAAGGCGGCCCAUCUGCAGCCCAGCCAGGCCAGGGUGACUUUUUGUCCUCGGGUUCUGCCUCCCCACCGACUCCUGAACCUCUGCUCAAGGUGUUUGAGGAGAAGAACAAGAUUGUGUCAUCAGUGGAUGUAAAGAAAAAGCUGAAGAAGGAGCUCAAAACUAAAAUGAAGAAGAAGGAGAAAGACAAACCGAAAGACAAGGACCGGGAGAAAGAUAAGAGCAAGCUGAAAGAGAAGAAUAAGGACAAGAACAGGGAUAAGAACAAGGACUUUUCUAAGGAUAGUAAGAUUCCCUGGAAAGAGUUUGGAAUGAAGGAUGACGAGCUCUUCCUUCCGCGAGACUUUACUUUGCCUGAGGGCUCCAUCAAGAUAAAAACAAGAGACGGGGAUGGACCCAAGAAGGAGAAGGAGAAACACAAAGACAAAAAGAAAGACAAAGAAAAGAAUAAGAAAGACAAAGACAAGAGAGACAAGGGUAAGGACAGGAGCAAAGAGGACAGGCAGAAACAAUCUGCCUUAGCACCCUUUGCCCUGGGAGAACUCCCUCCACUGUUCAGCCCCUCUGCCUGCCUGCGCAUUCCCUCCAUGCUCCCUCCUUUGGCCCCAAUUCUCCAGGAUAAGGAAGUAAAGAGCAAGGAGAAGGACAAGAAAAAGGACAAGAAGGAGAAGAAGAAAAAGAAAGACAAAGAAAAAGAUAAAGAGCGAGAGAAGGCCAAAGAAAAGGAGAGGGAGAAGGAGGAGAAGAGGAAAGAAAAAGAGAAGGAAAAGGAAAAACGGGAAAAGGAGAAAGAGAAAGAAAAAGAGAGAAUUAGACUGGAGAAGGUCAAAGUCGAAACUCCAGCGACUCUACCGUCUCCAGUCAUCCCCAGACUGACGCUCAGGGUGGGAGCAGGCCAAGACAAAAUUGUCAUCAGCAAGGUGGUUCCAAACUCUGAGCCCAAGACGCCAGCACCGAAAACCCCAGCUGCCAAGUCCGGACCUGGGAAUCGCCCCCGGACACCUCCACCACCCCCAAUAAUCUCCCCCAUGGUACCCACCCUGCCUCCGCCGGCCUCUCCACUUCCAACAGCUCCUGCUCCUUCAUCGUUGCUGUCUCCUGCCUCCAUGAUGGCCCCUGCGGCGUCCUUCAAGACCCCAGUCCGCAGCGUCGUAACUGAGACCGUCAGUAACUACGUAAUCCGAGAUGAAUGGGGAAACAAGAUCUGGAUUUGUCCUGGAUGCAACAAACCUGAUGAUGGCAGUCUCAUGAUAGGAUGUGAUGACUGCGAUGAUUGGUAUCAUUGGCCUUGUGUCGGGAUCCUCACAGCCCCUCCUGAGGAUCAGCCGUGGUUCUGUGUUAAAUGUUCCAGCAAGAAGAAGGACAAAAAACACAAGAAAAGGAAACACAAACCGCAUUGAGACUAUGCAAAAAGCACAUACUUUGGACUGUUUCUUCGGACUUCAAGCCAUCACUGAACACUCAUGGCACUGCUGUAAAAUAAAAAAAAAGUUUAAAACCGUGGCUGAUGCUAACACAUGAUGAUUUUUCUAAUGAUGUCAGCCAUGAUGAUUUGUGAGUUGGAAAGAUAAAAAAAAGGCUUUAACCAGCACAUAUCCAGCCUUAGCUCUCUCGUGGGGCUCUGUGGUUUUCCCUUUUCACCUGUAAACUGUUUGCUUGUUUCUGUCGUCGUAGAAGAUCACAACAAUUAUGUUUGUAUAAGGAGACCAUGACAACGUGUCAAGGACGAAAGCUUGACAAAGCAGAUCCAAACAAACGACUCAACAUCCACUGUCUUUUAUUUCUGUUCCCUUUGUGUUUGCCACAAGAGGAGUGACCUCGAAUCUUUUCCCAUUUUUCUGCAGUAUCGAUGAAAUGUCAUGUAAAUAAUGAUGAUGGCAUCAGGUGUGUAUAAAUGUGUCAAUACCAACUUCCAAGCCAAGUGCAUUUUGUUCUUAGGAUUCUGACUUAAAUCCAUUUUCAGAUAUUGGUUUUUAACUCAAAUGACUUUCUGUAAUUUCUGUACAUUUUUUAAAUUUAAAGUUUGUAUUUUAAUUUUUUUCUUCACAUGGAUUUUUCCCAGAGUUAUACUGUAGCUGUGCUUGUAUUGUGAUUAAUUUCGCUGAUAUUUCAAUAUUAAAGAUGAACAGUCUGUGUACGCACAGACUUUAAGACGUAAAUCCCAUUACCAUCCAAA